AUGGCGAACAAUUUAGAACAUACAAGUGCGACGACAAGGGAGUUUACACUCGAGUUGUUGAAACAAAUUACAGAUAACUUUUCUGAGGACCAUGUCAUUGGGCGUGGUGGGUAUGGAGUAGUCUACAAGGGAUUACUGGAUGAUGGGGAAGAGAUUGCUGUCAAAAAGCUUCACUACAUGCCCGGGCUUGACGACACACAGUUUACAAAUGAGUUUAAUAACCUUAUGAGGGCCCAGCAUCAAAAUAUUGUACAGUUAGUGGGCUACUGCUAUUAUCUAGGACAUGAACGCUUCAAGUACAAUGGUGAAUAUAUUUUUGCCCCAGUAGAAGAAAGAUUUCUCUGCUUCAAAUACCUGCAGGGUGGAGGCCUUGACAAGCAUAUUUCUGAUGAAUCCUGCGGACUCAAUUGGCACACACGCUUCAGGAUUAUUAAGGGAGUUAGUGAGGGCCUAAAUUACCUUCAUAAUGGAUGCAAAGAUUCUAUUUACCAUCUUGACUUGAAGCCUGAGAAUAUAUUGCUGGACAAGAACAUGUUCCCAAAAAUUGGAGAUUUUGGUUUGUCAAGACUUUUUCAGUCAGAAAAAACCCAUAUCACAAGCAAAAUUAUGGGAACAGUUGGAUACAUGCCACCAGAAUACAUCGAUAGACGAGCAAUAACACCGAAGUUUGAUGUAUUCAGUUUGGGUGUUAUAAUCCUUCAGAUAGUAGCGGGAUAUGAUGGCUAUUCCAAAUGUGAACAUAUGUCUCUGCAAGAAUUUCUUGAGCAUGUGCAUGAAAACUGGGGAAAACGGAUGCAGGAAACAAUGUCAUCACAUACAUCAGAGCAAGUUAUUACAUGCAUCAAAAUAGCAUUAAGGUGUGUGGAGUUUGACCGAGAGAAAAGGCCUACCAUAGCGGAUAUUAUUGAUGAACUGAAUAAGAUUGAUAAUGCCGAAAGUUCAGCUACAGGCAAGAACACAGAAGAAAAUGAGCACACUCUGGAAAAACUACCUGAGAUUCAAGAACAAAAAAAGGAGAGUGCAGAAGACGGUAGCAGAUAUGCGAGAACGAAUCGCAUUUCCACUCUCAUGGAGAAUCAUGCUGAGUUGGCCGAUUUCCCAACUGGCCCCAUGGGCUCCUUGCUCCCCAAGUUGGUCGAGUUCCUCAGCGACGAGUACAAUUACCUGGAUGCAGACUUCCAGAAAGACGUAGAGUACGUCUACAAUGAGCUGGUGGGCAUGCAAGCUGCCCUGCACAAGGUGGCCGAGGUGCCACAGGACCAGCAGCUGGAUUCUGUGGUUAAGCUCUGGACCGAGGAAGUAAAUGACCUCUCAUAUCAGGUGGAUAAUACCGUCGAUUCCUUUCUGGCGCGCUUCUGGGCCUCUGAGCUUGACACAUCUCCGAACGUGCAAAGUCGGAAAAAACAACUUCCAAGGAAGACCUCCGGCGCGAAAAAGAAAGGGAAUGGCCGAAAGAAGCGGGCGCGAUGA